GGGACUGCGAGGCAGCGGCUGGUGCGGCAGCAGACAGCGGACGCUGGGAGUCCAAGUGCGUGUCGACCUGCUCCUCUUCUCCUGCAGCUGUUAUCAGCCUCGGAGGCUGCCAGAGCCAUGACGCCGACACUUCUCCUCCUCCUCCUGGGAGUCUUCGCCUGCGGCUGCCACGCCACCCUGCAAGUUUCAAUAUCCUUGAACAAAGUGGAGUUAAGUGUUGGGGAGUCCAAGUUCUUCAUCUGCACAGCGAUCGGCGAGCCUGUGAGACUGGACUGGUACAGCCCCCAGGGCGAACGCAUCACGCCCUCCAAGAGGAUGGCGCUCCACUCGGAGACGUCGAGAUCAAGGCUGAUCAUUUACAACGCCAUCAUCGAAGACGCAGGCAUCUACCGCUGCCAGGCCACAGAUGCCAACGGUCGCACUGAGGAGGCAUCCGUCGUGCUGGAGAUCUACCAGAGACUGACGUUUCGAGAUGUCCAGUCACCGCAGGAGUUCCGUCGUGGUGAGACGGCGGAGGUGGUAUGUGAUGUCAUCAGUUCCCCGGUACCGGUGGUGGUGUGGUAUUACCAGGACAGAGAGAUCACAGAGGAGCACCACAGCCGCUUCCAGGUUCUGCCCAACAACAACCUGCAGAUCCACCAGGUGAGCAAAGCUGAUGAGGGAGUGUACCGCUGCGAGGCCAGCGUGGAGGCGAGAGGCGAGAUCGACUUUGUGGACAUCGCGGUCGUAGUCAAUGUGCCUCCAGUCUUGUCCGUGUCCCAGCCGUCCUUCAAUGCCACGGCCGACUACCAGGAGUCUGUCACGUUCACCUGCAUCACCUCGGGAUCGCCGGAACCUCUGGUCACGUGGCACAGGAAAGGUCAGAUGCUCGAGCCGUCCGAGCAGUACUUCUUCCAUCGACUGGAUGGAGGACGGAACACUUUGCUGGUGCAAAAUAUCCGCCAGGGCGACGGAGGGAGCUACUCGUGCAGGGCCACCAACAAGGCGGGGUCUGAGGAGAGAGAGAUAUUCCUCCAAGUCUUUGUCCAACCUCAUAUCACGCAGUUGAAGAACGUGACAGCGGUGGAGGGCAGCGCCGCCAUGAUCACCUGCGUGGCUGAGGGGGAACCCCUGCCAGACAUCUCCUGGAAGAGAGCAAGUGAUGGCAGAACCUUUAAAGAUGGAGAUAAGAGUCUGGAUGGCAGAGUUGAGGCGCGUGGUCGUCAUGGAAAGUCCGUGCUGACCAUUAGUGGAGUGCGUCUGGCGGACCUGGGUCGAUUCGACUGUGAGGCUCUCAGCAGGAUCGGAGGUCAUCAGAAGAGCAUGUUCCUGGAUAUUGAGUACAUUCCAAAGUUCCUGACCAACCACACCAUCUUCUACUCGUGGGAGGGGAACCCGGUGAACAUCAGCUGCGUCGUCAUGUCGAACCCUCAUGCAACAAUGUUGUGGAGAAGGGAGAGGUUCACCAUCUCGGCUGAGGGCACCGCUAACACUCGGGUGCACAGCGGAGAGGGAAAGUCCAUUCUGGAGGUGACGCCGAUGUCUGAUCGGGACUUUGGACGCUACAACUGCACUGCUCGCAAUAACAUCGGCGUGAGAUACCAGGAGUUCAUCUUGGCCCAGGCAGAUGUGCCGUCAAACCCAUACUCGGUCCGCCUGUCUGCAGUCUCACAGCGACUGGCAACGGUCACCUUCAUGAAGCCGGAUUCCCACGGUGGCGUCCCCAUUAGUCACUAUCUGGUUCAGUACAAAGAGAUUGGCUCUCAGGACUGGAGAGACGUUCGGUCGCACAGUGUUCAGACUACUGUGGUUUUGACCGGACUGGAACCAAACACCACGUAUGAGGUGCGGGUGGCAGCGGUCAACGGGAAGGGUCAGGGAGAGUUCAGCCACACAGAGUCCUUCCAGACUUUACCCAUCAGAGAGCCAAGCCCUCCGGCGGUUCACGGCCAGAGAGGUGUGGGUAAGGCCUACAGGCUGGGCCUGGUGAAGCAGGACGACGGAGGGAUGCCCAUCGUGGAGUACAUCGUCAAGUACAAGACAGAUAAGGAGGAACAGUGGAUGACCAAACUGGUCCCCGGAGCCAACGACUUCGCGUUGCUUCAGCCGCUGCAGUGGAACACACGAUAUGAAGUGGAAAUCACUGCCCGCAACGUCAAAGGCCUGUCAGAGCCGACGUUCUACCAGUUCUUCAUGCCUCAGAAGCCCGACAUCACAGCAGAAUCCCUGUUCAGCGGACUUGGGCUAGGAGCGGUGGUGGGCCUGGGCUUGGGGGCGCUACUGCUGCUGCUGGUUCUGGUGGACGUCAGCUGCUUCUUCCUCCGUCACUGCGGCCUGCUCAUGUGCAUCACACGCUCCCUCUGCAGCAAGAAGACGACCACCAGCGGCAAGGGCAAAGAGAUAGAGGAGGGCAAAGCUGCAUACUUGAAACUACCAUUGAAGGAAGAGAAUGGGAAGGAGUCCCUCAAGCCAGACACAAUUGAGAUCAAAGUGCACAGCGACAACACCAUCCACACGAAGCCCGACGACAGCAAAGCAUGAGCGCUACCACCAAAAAAAGUGAAGAAAAAAAAAAGAAAAAAAACAUUCAGAGACCAAAAUCCAGAAGGAAAGUCCCACACUGGAUCUGACUGAACCCCCUGCUGAUUGUAUAUGAUCUUGUUUUGUUGCGUCGAGUCAUGUUUUGGUUUGCUUUGGUCUCACAACAUUGACUGUGUUUCCUCCCAAGCAGCUCGCGGUGACGGGACACGCCACCAUGAGCGUCCCAGUCUGCAUUCAGACAUCCUCAUUCCAGGACACUCCCGGGUCUGUACGUGACCACAAGGACACGGAAAGCUUUUGUACACUGAAGUACAGUGGAGGUCGCCUCUGUUCAUUUCUCCAUGCGUUUCAUUAUCCUCACUUGAAUGCUCGGGACUGCUGACCUGAGCGAGCCAGGUACCUCGUCUUUGAAUGUUUCCAUGUGAAUGUGUCUCUCUGACCACAGCGGUGGAUCGACACUUUGAUUUUUCAUGACCCGUCGCACCUCCGUGUCCUCUGAUGUUGUCGUGCUGUACAUAAGUGGUGGAAAAAAAACAAAUAUUUUACAGAGUUUAUGUACAUACGAUCGGACAAGAUGUCUUUUCUCCCCCCCAAAAAUGCUACAGGCUGCGUGUUUUUUUCAUUUCAAAUGUUGGGGUGGUGAUGUGGAGGCGGUAUGAACAGCAUCAGUGUGCCUUCUCUUCCUUCCUCCCGUGCAGUGUCGACCACCACAUGCUCAAUAGCUGCCUUUUGAUUUCAACUGGGAAGGAGAAGAGAUGAAGGAUUGUACUUGUGAGUCUGGUGAACCGGUGUCACAGUUGUGUCACCAAGUGUCGUGCUUAGAGAUUCAGGAGUUUGUUAGAGGGUUCAGAAAGGCAUCAGUGACACCUCCAGUGUCAACACACUCUGAUUCGUAGGUCACGUUUGAGAGCUUCAUUCAGUGCCAUGUAAUAUUACACCAUCUGUUCAUAGACCGUUCCAUGAGCCGGUGGAUGGAACCAGACCUUAUUUACCCCCUAACUUUGGGUGACACUGGUUUGCUCUUAAUGACAACCAUGUAUAUUUUAGAGCGCUCGGCAAAGCAACAGUAAAAAAGAAGGGGUGCACAUGAAUCCUUGUGCCAACUGAAUGUACUGCAACCUGCACCCUCUGAAAUACAGAUUACUGUGUGGCUGUGGAGUCAACUUUUUGGAGGAAAAGUUGUAAAGUUAAGUCGCUGUUUAUUCACUUAAAUUGUUUUCAUUUGUAUUUUUACACACAUAUCGUACUCUUUGCAACUUACAUUUGUGAGCUACAUUGUAGUUGUAUGGUGAUCCUGUUCCCUGACUGGAGAAUCUCAAGAGCACAUAUUGAUUUCACCUAGUGAUGGGUGAAUGAGGUUUUGUCUAGCAGGGUGCAGGUUUUCUGAGGCCACCAGAUGGUACACUCUGCUGUUAAAUGCUGACAACUUCGACUUGAUCAACUAGUCAGUGAAAGCCCGCAUCAUUUCUAAACCAAGAGCGCCAUCUAGUGGCCUCUGAAAAUUAGGACACUGUUUCAUGACACCUCAUUUGUCAUCACUGAUUUCACAUAUUCAUUAAGAAACAUCUAAGACACCAUUUUCCAGAAACAAUGAGUGAAAACUGGACACAUUUUUUAAAAGGGUUUUCACCCGCCAUAUUUUUCAGGCAAGAAGUCGCCCGGGUGUAUCAGUCGCACCAGUCAAAAAUGCAUCAUGAAAUAGAAAAUAAACAUGUUUGUUACAUUUCAGCAGAAAUGUAUUUUACAAAAUCCAUUGCAUCAAGCACUAACACCACAAAGGUCCUCUCUGUGAGUUAUGUCUAUUGCUCCCAAUUUGAUGUUGAACCUAUUGUGACUGAGAAACAGGGGGGGAAGAAAAGCAAAGCGGGGAGAUUUUGACAUUUAUCGUACUGAUGACAGUAAAAAAUACUAACUUUCAUUCAUGAGAGGUGAAUAAAUAUCGCUCACUCCGUCCGUCUCUGCAGGUGUCAGGACUGUACACGGUAACUUCAGUUCCACAAGUGUUCCUGUUUGUUAUUAUGACAUUACCCUCUGGAUUUUUUUUUCUUGAUUUAAAGUCACCAAAAACCACCACAAUCUUUCUGUAAAUUGCUUUGUGUUUUCCUAGUGAUGCGUAAGGCCGUGUGAUCACGUGAGAUUUCUGAACUGGAACGUGUCCGUGUCGCUCGGUGCUGAGACACGAUCAACAUUAUUGGGAAGUGUGUAACAGUCCAGAUAAUAUUCAGUGCAACAGACACAAGUUGGUCCUGUCAUCUGUUGUUAUUCAGAGAGCAGUGGUUAGAGAGCCAAAAACGAAUAAAGUAAACUCUAACCAAAACAAGGAACGCUCUAUUGCCAACACCUUUCUACUCCCAUUCAAUAACAGCCACGUUCACAGUAUUUUGGUGGACGCAAGUUGCAGCUGUUGGAAUAGUCAUGGUGGCACAUUAUGUUCUAACGGCAGGAAAGUGCUUUUCCCUAAGGGCCCCAGAAUUCUUCAUUCAAGGCUUUGACUGGCAAAAUGCCACAGAGGCAAAGCUUUAACAACCACACGUGUUUGCCAGUACAGCUAUGGAAGGUUGUCGGUGGAGAAACAAACAAAACGCUAUGAUGCUAACCCGACUGCAAAUCGUAGUCCUGUGAGCCUAUUCCAGCGGUACAAUAAAAAUAAACAAUAAAAAACAUCAUCACCCUUCGCAACGGCUGGUUCAGUCCUACAAUCUUUAGUAUCAGACGGACAGAUUUUGGGUGAGUGUAAAUAUAGGGGCUCAGUGCUGGGAGGUCUCUUCUUUGUACAUGUUCUUUUUGUAUCUGAAUUCUUCUCCCCUCUGUCCUCUGAAGAGGGAGCUCAGUGUACAGUGUGUGUCGCUCCCUGGUGUCCGAGUGUGCGCAGGAGGUGGGAGCAGUCAAUGUCUCUCUGUAUGUACCUGUGCAACAGUUGUGACUGCUGUCAUUUGCCGCUGUAAAUAAACCUGUCCUGGUGGAAGA